AUGUCGCUGACCUCGUGCAUAAGUAAGCUGUUCGAAAGACUUGUGCAGGGGCGCCUUCGGUGGUACCUGGAAGAACGCAUGUGUCUCCUGGAGUGCAUGACUGGCUUUGGGAGAGGGCUGGCAGCACAAGACAGCAUUCUGGACCUCACGAACGACCUUGAGGAAAACAAGAACAGGCGGAGGAACACGGUGGCAGUCUUCUUCGACGUGGAACGAGCCUACGACGGCGUGCCGCCAUCGACUAUACUCCGGAGAUUGACUGAGAUUGGACUGACCGGAAAAAUUCAAGUCUUCCUGGCCAAUUUUCUUACCGGACGCAAGAUCCAGAUUCGAGCUGAAGGCGCGGCAUGCUCGCCAAGACUGCUUCACAGAGGACUGCCUCAGGGAAGCGUGCUAAGCCCGAUUCUCUUCAACAUGGUUAUGGCACCACUACCGCUCUCUCUUCCUUCGACCCCUCUCCCGGUUCAGGUGUCGAUCUACGCAGACGACAUCUGCCUCUGGGUUACGGGCAUCUACACCACGCAGAUCCACCGCAGCAUACAAAGCGCCGUUCAAGCGGUAGACACCUUCCUGACCAAAUCGGGGCUAUCCCUCUCCCAGGAUAAGACAGUCUGGAUGCCGGUGCGCGGAAAUGGUCGACGUUUUCGCCCCCCUGACAUCAAACUGGCAGGAAAACCCCUCACGUGUGUGAACAAACAACGCUUCUUAGGAAUUGUCAUCACAAGUCGGCUGCGCUGGACACAAGCAGUGAAAGCGACAACCGCCGAAUGCAGACCGGCCAUGAACGCUGUCCGCCACAUGACGGGUACCACAUGGGGUUGCACAGAACGGACCAUCACUAGCGCCCAGUCCGCGCUGGUGACGUCUAGAAUCCUGUACCGGCUUCCUUACAUGUUCCCGUCCCAGACGGAUACGGAGAGGCUGGAGCAAGGGCACAGACGCGGGCUACGUACAGCACUGGGAAUUCUCAACGCGGCCAAGAAUGCUGUGGUACUCCAGGAGGCGGGCGCAGAGCCGCUUACAGUCCAGGCCAGAGCCAGAAGACUCUCCCAGUUAGCCCGGCUCUCUACGACUCUCCCAGGCAGGUGGUUCCUGCAGCGAAUCCAAGCUCGGACCAAAGGGUCAUGGCACGACACGGUAGAAAAUUUCCUUAACAUACACUGUUAG